CCAGCGCGCGAGGUCGGUCAGUUGGCGACGGUUUCGGCCCCGGCCCGGACCCCAACUUCCAAGCCGCCGCCUCUUCUCGGUCGACGGUCUGUCCGCCGACCGGACUCGCACCGCGCCGCCGCCGCCCGCCCGGCACGGCGGUCCGAACCCUUGCGCCAGCCAGCGUCGCUCCGCCGCGGAGCGAGCAGAGAGGCACCUUCCUGGGCGCCCCUCCUCCUCCCCGUGCCUCCUUGCUUCCCCUGCCUGCCAACACCGCGUCGGCGGGGCGGCUCAUUUCACCGCGCGCGAGCGCCGCAGCAGGCUGCAGGGCUCAACUGGUGGCCUCGAGCGCCCGAGGGCAGCGCGCCCGGGCCUCUGCUUCGACUGGAGCAGCGGGUCCACCUGUGGGCCGCAGGGCGCGGGCGCCGCAGCUGCAGCGCCUUGGAGUUGACCGAUGCUGGUUGAGAAUUUCAUCUGUGUUCCGCAUCAAGUAUCCGAUCACUUGUGCCGUUGCGCGAUGCCUUUAUGUAACCUCGUGAAGUCUUAAUCUGUUCAGGCGGAGUCUCAGCUGUCCUUCUGUGGUGUGAGAUGUUCAUCUAAUCGGGCCGAAAUGGAAAACACAGAUAAGUUUUGAGUCUGGAAGCCUAUAUUAUAUCGUAGAAGAUCUCUGCAAUGGAAGGGUCCGAUUCUUGCAGAAAUCGCAGCAUUGAUGCCAUGGGCAGUUGGAAGGAAUGCGAUGAGCAAGAGGAUGCUGACGGCAGAAAGAGCCAGCCAGGCAAGGUGACAAAGCAUGGCUAUGCAGAUAGAUUUGAGGAUCCAGAUGAUGCUAGGUGGGGAUCUUCUAGUGAUAGGAAUGAGUCUAGAAGGGAGUCUGUUUCAGGCUCAGCCAAGGCCUUCAGUGAAGAUGAGGAUGACUACGAUCUAAGAAGGGAUUCAUGGGUAUCCAAGGUUCCACGGCGAAGCCCUGAGGAGAAAAAAAGCGAGAAAGAUGGGGAUAACAGUAGGAGAAGAAGAGAAGAUGAGAAUGAUUGGGACUCUGAUCAAGCUGAUGGUAGGCCAUCUUCUGGUCAGAGUAAUCUCAAGAAUGCACGAGAGGCUCAUGACCACAGGGAUGGAUCCAGUCAAAAAAGGGAUGAUAAACAUAGGACUGCCGAAUGGGAAGAGAAAGCUGAGAAAUUAAGGCAUCAAGAUGACUGUACAUAUGAAAGUAAUGUUAAUUUAGGAACUAAAGAUCGUGGAAACACCAGGGAACAAAUUAUAAACAUGAAAGAGAAAACUGGUGAGGAUUUUAUGUCACACAGAGGGAGGGAGCGAAACAAAGAAUCAGAAGAAUCAAGAGAGUACAGGAGAAAUCGUCAAAGGGAAGAUUCUAAAGGCACAAAUGACUAUGGCACUACUACAGAAUGGAGUCAUGGGCACGAAAGGUUAGAUGGUGGAAGUUUCCAGGGCCGGUCUGCUUACAGGAGAGAUUCUAGGGGUAGAUAUGAGAGCAACAAAGGCCCUUCUUCAUAUGGAUAUCGAUAUGAUAGUUCUGAUUCCAUAGAAAUAAGGCCUAAUAGGAAUCUUGAUUUUGGAAGGGAGAGCUCUGUUUCUGGGAGAAGAACAAGCAUGGCUGCACAUCAGGAUUUAACAGCUGGAACAAAUGAUCCUGCUGAAGAGGACAAAAGGAAGUAUAGAAGUGAAGAGGCUUCGAAAGAGAGAUACUAUGAUGAUGCUCAAGAUACAAAUCAGAAUACCGGUAAAGGUUCUGUUGAUUCCCCAAUUGUGAGAGCAGGACUGAAAGGACCAAUGACAUCUGAUACACCAAUAGCAGUUCAAAGUGGUAGCAGCAGUUUGUCCUCUCCAAUUCCUCAGCAAGGAUCAAAAGGUGGUAGACUUUCUAGAGGUAUAAGAGGGAGGCCAAAUGGAAGGGACCCCGAGAGAAUGGGAGGUCCAGUGCCCAUGAUGCCGCCUCCGCCAUUUGGACCUCUUGGUCUGCCACCAGGUCCUAUGCAACCAAUGGGCCCAAACAUGUCACAUUCUCCAAGUCCUCUUGGACCUGGUAUUUUCAUGCCACCUUUUCCAGGGCCUCUUGUUUGGGCUGGAGGAAGGGGUAUGGAUGUGAAUAUGCUCUCUGUUCCACCCAAUCUUCUUAUGCCUCCUCUAGCAGCUGGGCCUGGGUUCUCUCCUAGUGUGGGAGCUGGCCCAAGGCAUAAUAUUCAACUGGAUCAAACAACCACUGGAAGAGGAGGUCCAACAGAUGAUCCAGUACCAGGUUUCAACCCAAUGGCUACACCAAAUCAUGAAAUGCUCCAUGAUAAACCACCUGGAGGCUGGACACCACAGAGGAAUAGUGGACCUACUCGAAAAGCUCCUUCAAGGAGUGAACAGAAUGAUUAUUCACAGAACUUUGUUGACACUGGCUUGCGACCUCAGAAUUUCAUUAGGGAACUAGAGCUUACAAGUGUAGUGGAGGAUUAUCCUAAGUUAAGAGAACUCAUACAGAGGAAAGAUGAAAUAGUUGCUAACUCAGCUUCAGCACCAAUGUAUUACAAGUGUGACCUCAAGGAACAUGUGCUUUCCCCAGAUUUUUUCGGCACAAAGUUUGAUGUUAUCCUUGUAGAUCCUCCGUGGGAGGAGUAUGUUCAUCGUGCUCCAGGUAUCACGGAUCAUAUUGAGUAUUGGACUGCUGAGGAGAUUAUGAAUUUGAAAAUUGAGGCCAUAGCUGAUACGCCUUCAUUUAUCUUCCUUUGGGUUGGUGAUGGUGUUGGUCUUGAACAAGGCAGACAAUGUUUGAAGAAGUGGGGAUUCCGUAGGUGUGAGGAUGUAUGUUGGGUAAAAACCAACAAGAAAAAUGCAACACCAGGUCUGCGCCAUGAUUCUAAUACUUUGUUCCAGCGUUCAAAGGAGCAUUGCUUAAUGGGCAUAAAAGGAACUGUACGGCGCAGCACUGAUGGGCAUAUCAUCCAUGCGAACAUCGACACUGACAUAAUAAUAGCUGAGGAACCUACUGAUGGUUCAACAAAAAAGCCUGAAGACAUGUAUAGGAUCAUUGAGCAUUUUGCGCUUGGUAGGAGGCGUCUUGAACUCUUUGGUGAGGACCAUAACAUUCGUCCAGGUUGGCUUACUCUUGGUAAAGGUUUGUCCACAUCUAACUUUAAUAAAGAGGCAUACAUCAAGAACUUUGCCGACAGAGAUGGAAAAGUAUGGCGGGGAGGUGGGGGUCGUAACCCGCCUCCUGAAACUCGUCAUUUCGUGGUGACAACUCCAGAGAUCGAGAGCCUCCGCCCCAAGUCCCCACAGAAGAAUCAGCAGUCCAUACCCACAAUUGGAUCUAGCAGUUCCACAAACAGGCGACCUGGUGCAAAUACGCCACAAAAUGUGGUGACUGUCGUCGGUUCUGAAACCAUGAUGCCAGCACCGUGGGCUUCCAUUCCAAUGGCAGAUUUUGGAAUGCCGGAGGGAGGAGUUGCCCCUGACAGCGGUCCUUUUGAUAGUUUUGGCUUCAGUGUGCCCUUGGGAAGACCAAGUUCAGAUCAUAUGGAUUUUGACACCCCGAGAAUGUUGUAACAUUAUUUGAGCUGGAUCGUUUAUAUCCAGAAAUUUUGUUUCAAGACGACCAUUCACUGCUGCCUGGUGCCUACCAUCAUUAUUUAUUUGCUGUAUCCAUUCAACUUGUCAGCUUUUCUAUGUGUGGGCACUUCAUCAUAUCUCUAGGUAGACUGGUAGACAAUUCAUCAGAUACCUUCGAUUGAUGGUAAUGAGGAAAAGGUUACAGACAUAGUAUUGU